CUCAGAGUCCUCUGUCCCAGGAUCAGCAGGCAAAAAGAAGUUUCACCACACUGGUAGAGAUUUUCCCCAUGACACCUGAAGUCCAUGUUCAACUGAGAGUGAUCUGUUUGAAUGACCUGCAUGGUAUGUCUUGAAUGAUUUCUGUCAAGUUGGAAACCAAGGACAUACACUUAGAGAGUGCAAAGUCUGCAGAUGAUAUGAAGCCAGGCCUAACCACCUGCCUGUGAGGAUCACUUUCUCUUUUUCACAAACAAUCAGAGGGCAAGAGAUGGACCUUAAAGUUCUGAUUCCCAUAUUCAAGAUCUCAGUAUAUUAGGGCCUGGAUAACUUAGACUACUUCCUCUUCUAAAAUUUACCGCACUAAUGUCUUUCUCCUAUACUGGUCACACAAUCCAUUUAUUCGCAUGUCCAAUUAACCAUAUCCAACACAUUACUUACAUUUGGGAAAAGGAGUGUGUUUCUGAACGUAUACGAUGUUUUUCACAAUGUUCUAGGAAAAUUAACACAAGAAGUGCUUUCAGAGUAUUGUGAUGCCAAUGCGGUCACAAAAGUAGAGAAGCUGAUGCUACAAUACGUUGUGCUGGUGAAAUUGCUUCUUUGGUUGAUAUUUCAGAAACCAGAGUUCUUGUAUAAACUCAUCUUGUAUUUCAAAUCUCUGCAUGAAUCUCCUUUCAAUUUUUUCCCCCAAAAUAGGAAUGUUCAAGUUCUGAUGAAUGGGUAUAUGCUUAGUGUUCUAUAAACAAUAAAGACUUUAAUUUAUAUGGCUUGUAAUAUCUUAUUUUUCUAGUCACAAAUAAUACAUAUACAUUCAGAAAGAUGGAAAAUAGAGGUAAGAUGAGAGAAUAAAAAUUCUAUAAUCACUGGUAGCAUGUUGCUGUAUAUAAUUCUGCAUGUAUUUUCACUUUAUUUUUACAAAAUGAAUCAUAUUCUAAAUACAGUUUUCUAACCUGCUUUUUCCAUUUACAUAUCAUGAAGGGAAAAUAUGCUUUUAAUUAAAAAUUAUUUAGGGCUGAAAGUUAGAGUUUCUUUCUAAUUGAGCCUCCUCAUUUUCACAGAUGAGAAAAUUAAACUAGUGAGAUUAUAUAAUUAAAGUGAUUUCCAUUUAGGUAGCAUUAGAACCACAUCUAUAAUUCAAAACUCUUAAAUCCCAUGUCACCAUUUUAUGCAUUUUACUCCUUAUUUGCUACAACCAACCCUGAAACAAUAAAUCAGAAUUAGAGAGUGUGAGAAAAUCAUAUCUUCCCCUGAUAUGUUUUAGCUGGGCUAAAUGUUUGCUGGAAAACACAGUGGUAAAGGUCAAUUGUUUCAGAAUUUAUUGAAAAUAUCUUAUAGAAAACAAUUUGUAGAUUUUACUAAUUAGUUUUCAAUCUUUAAAGCUUCAAAUUGAAAUCCGGGUACCGGAACAACACAGGGCUUGAGGCAGUGAAUCUAGGUGACAUCCCAAACUGCUAGAAGUCUAUAAAAAAAUUAUUGUCUAACCAGUGUCAUAGAAAUAUGGCUAAAUCUAAGUAAGAGUUUCCUGACUUUUAAGUUGGUGACUUAAAAAAAAAAACAUUUAUGCUGCAGUAAUUUGAGUUAAAGACUUUUAAAACCGGUUCUAUGAGUCUUAUCAAUCACAAUCAUUUUAUUUGCUAAAUUUAGUACUAGAAUGACAUUAUCUGCACAUUCUUUGUAUAAAAACAUCUAGCAGAGCAUCUUUUUAGGGGCUUUGUGAUUUCAAGAGGUUUUUGGAAUUUUAUGAAAGUUCCACCCACAAUCAAAACCAAUGUUCUCUUAUGGUUGAUUAAUUCUGUCAGAUGGGUCGGAAUUGAUAUUUCUUUGAAUAUAUGCAAAUUAUCCUUCAUUUAAAGUUUCUGCUUUGUCUUUUUUUUCUCUGCUCCAUUUGCUUCUCAUUUCUCUUAUUCUUUCUUCUCAUUUUCCUCUUUACUUCCAUUCUCUUAAAUUAAAAAAUCUUGUGGAUUUCCCUUCCAGUUUAUUUUUUUGAUAUAGGAGAUAUUGAAGUCCUUGAAUAUAUUCAGAUUUACAAAGGCCAUUGACUUACAUAGACAGUUUAUGAUGCUAAUUAAAAGAAGGCCUGCAUAUCUAGACAGAGUCAGAGGAUUUGCAAGUAAUUUGUUUUCUCAAAUACGAACAGUGGUUCCAAGUGAUAAGAAAAAAAAUUACAUUUGCUCAAUAUAUUUAUCACCACAAACUUGGUUCCUGAAUUUGUCUUACAAAUCAGGGUAAUAAAUUCCAGUAGCAAAGAUUUAAUUUUGAAAAAUCAUAACUUCCUUUAACUUUCUUGUAGCAUCAUGAAUUAAAAAUUUCUAACAACCUCAUAUGUUCUUCAGUACACAUUGUCUAUCUUAUCCAAAAGGUAAAAUGCAGGGGAUACAGUUGACUGAUGUUUCUUGACCUGCUUAUGUUUUGGGAGGACAGGAAACAAAUGUUUGUGGUAUAUUCUACUUGUCAGUAUUUUUUAACCAGAUAACACAAAUGACCAGAACUGCAAAGUUUGCAUGUAGGGUAAGAACUGUAUGUAAUCAGAAUAAACUCAAAUAAUGUUGAGAAAUAACAAAAACGAUAAGCAAUGGAUUCCUCAGGAUUUUAAAGUCAGUGUCAUUUCUGUAACAGGAUUCUCUUAGAUGGGCAUGGAAGCUGGGGUCUAUGUAUGUGCCAGACAAAGACUGCAGACCCUGGGUUUUCAUUUCAAUGCAUUACUCUUACUGCCUUCAGCAGGCCCUGAUGUGCUCAUGUGCUUCCCAUCUGCUGGUCCCUCCCAGAAGCCAAUCUGCCAGGGAACCCAGUUGUCCCUGUGGGUCUGCCUCCCAGGUGGAAAAUGGAUACCUGAACACUGCUCCCAUAAAGCCAUGGCUUGCUUUGGAUUCCGGAGGCAUGGGGCUCAGCUGGACCUGGCUUCUAGGACCUGGCCCUGCACUGCUCUGUUUUCUCUUCUCUUUAUCCCCGUCUUCUCCAAAGGGAUGCAUGUGGCCCAGCCUGCAGUGGUGCUGGCCAGCAGCCGAGGUGUCGCCAGCUUCGUGUGUGAAUACGGGUCUUCAGGCAAUGCCGCCGAAGUCCGAGUGACUGUGCUGAGGCAGACUGGCAGCCAGAUGACUGAAGUCUGUGCUGCGACAUACACAGUGGAGAAUGAGUUGGCCUUCCUAGAUGAUUCCACCUGCACUGGCAUCUCCAGCGGAAACAAAGUGAACCUCACCAUCCAAGGGUUGAGGGCCAUGGACACGGGACUCUACAUCUGCAAGGUGGAGCUCAUGUACCCACCACCCUACUAUGCAGGCAUGGGCAAUGGAACCCAGAUUUAUGUCAUCGAUCCUGAACCUUGCCCAGAUUCUGACUUCCUCCUCUGGAUCCUCGCAGCAGUCAGUUCAGGAUUGUUUUUUUACAGCUUCCUUAUCACAGCUGUUUCUUUGAGCAAAAUGCUAAAGAAAAGAAGCCCUCUUACUACAGGGGUCUAUGUGAAAAUGCCCCCAACAGAGCCAGAAUGUGAAAAGCAAUUUCAGCCUUAUUUCAUUCCCAUCAAUUGACACACCGUUAUGAAGAAGGAAGAACAUUGUCUAAUUUCUAAGAGCUGAGGCAAUUCUAACUUUUUGCUAUCCAGCUAUGUUGCUUAUUUGUGUAUUUUGGGGGGGAUUCAUCUCUCUUUAAUAUAAAGCUGGAUGCAAAAUCCAGAUGAAGUGUACUACAAUUUGAAGCAAAGGUGCAGGAAAACAGAGCCAGGAUGUUUCUGUCACAUCAGAUCCAAUUUUAGUAAAAGCAUCACUCGGGAGCAAUAUAGGGAUGCAGUCUUAUGUUGUAGGUGAAGGAUAUGGGUUAGGGGGUGGUGCUGUCCAAAGAAUACAAAGGAAGAGAGUUAGGGAGAGGACGAUAUUGUACACGCUUUGUAUUUACACAUGAGAAGUUUAUAGCUGAAGUAAUGUUUUCAAGUUAAAGUUUUAUGCUGUUAUUUUUCUUAAAUGUGGAAUUACAUGAAGACUUUAAAAAUACUCACAUGGCUAUAUUUUAGCCAGUGAUUCCAAAGGUUGUAUUGUACCAAUAUGUAUUUUUUUUUAUUUGAUAGUAUUGUGCAUGGGGGCCACAUGUGCUUUUGUGUAUUUGCUGAUGGUUUUAAUAUAAACACUAUAUGGCAGUGUCUUCCCACCAUGGGUUCAGGGGAAGUUUUAUGGAGGGGCUCAGGACACUAAUACACCAGGUAGAAUACAAAGUCACUUGGUAACUGGCUUGGAAACUGGCUGAGGUCAUAACUGAUUCUUAUAGACACGUUGAGCUGAAUUGGUGUUGACAUGGGCUUUGGGCUUUUAUGUUAGCUCCUUUCAAAGGUUUGCAAGGGAGUCCAGACUGGUGUAUCUGAUGUAACUCAAUAGAACACCAACCUCAAGAAAAUGGCUCACUCCAGGGGUCUUGUAGGUAUGAACUUCAAGGAAGCUCUAGUUUCACAAGGGCCCCAAUUCCUAACACAUGGUUCAUGCCAUGGACAGAAAAAAGCAGCAGGUGGCAGAACGGGGUGAUGAAAGUUUCUAAAAACUAACACUGUUGGUGUUUUUUAACUCAUUAUUUUCCAUGAAAAUGCAACAACAUGUAUAAUAUUUUUAAUUAAAUAAAAAUCUGUGGUGGUCAUUUUCCA